AUUUUACCCCCUUUUUUGUGUUUGCCACUUUUGAUCGUCGUCUUUUUGUAUUUCAAUCACCAUCGCCAUUAUAAAUGGCUACUACCACCUCGAUUACAUUCAUACAGUGAUGACACCACCUACCAUCAAUACAAAUUUUCAAUCACAAUAUUUAAUGCAACAACCAACAAAACAAGAAAAAAAAAUUCAUAGUCUGGUUUGUUGAAGCUUGUUCAUAGCCGUUUUUUUUAUGCAUUCAUUUUCCAACCAGCCAUAGCAAACAAAAUAAAAACGUAUAACGUUUUUGACGUUUUAAAUUAAAAACAACAACAACAACAACCGAAAAGCUAUUUCUUUUUUUUUCUUCACUGUCAACGAAACACCAAUAUAAAAUAUAUAGUUCAAUUUUUUUUCUAUAUGCAAAAAUAUAUUCGAACAAAGUUUUGAAUUUCGAUUUCGACAAAAUAAUUUUUUUUUCUCUUCACAUUUUUUAUUUUGACAAAAAAGAAAUUCGUCACAACUCUGGAUUCAAUUCGCCACCAACGACAACGAUAUAUCUUUCGAUUUCGUUUUGUCAAUCAAAUUGUUUGGAUAAUAUCGCUUGCUUUAAUCAUUUUCAUUAUGUCUGAAGUAGAAAAUAAUACGACACCUAAUCCGGCUGGUGAUGAGAAAUUGGAGAAAAAAGAUUGUGAACAACAACAACAACAAGAAACAACAAACGGUAGCCAACAAAUCACCAAUGGUGAUUCAUUCAAGCCGGAAGAUUAUAAAUCUUUGUAUGAUUUUACUGUCAAAGAUAUUGAUGGUAAUGAGGUUUCCCUUUCAAAAUAUGAAGGAAAAGUCGUUUUGGUUGUUAAUGUUGCUUCCAAUUGUGGUUUUACUAAAUCCAAUUAUCAACAAUUGAAUGAAUUGUACGAAAAAUAUGAAAGUCGUGGUUUUCGAGUGGCUGCAUUUCCCUGUAAUCAAUUUGCCGGACAGGAACCUGGAUGCGAUGCCGAUAUCAAAGAGUUUGCUAAGAAAAAUAACGUAAAGUUUGAUAUGUAUUCUAAAAUCGAUGUUAAUGGAUCAAACGCACAUCCAUUGUAUCGUUGGUUGAAACUUAAACAACGUGGAAUUUUCGGUACACAAGCAAUCAAAUGGAAUUUUACCAAGUUUUUGAUCAACAAAGAAGGUCAGCCAAUCAAACGUUAUUCACCAACAACUUCACCAAAUUCUAUUGAAUCGGAAUUCAAAUCAAUGUUGGAUCCUGAAAAAACAAGUGAUGAUGAUCAACAGCCGGCUGCCGAACAACCAAACAGCCAAUAGACAAAGAUGUUUGUCGUGUAUGUGUUUGGGUAUGAUAAUGGCUUACCAGAUUUACGUACAAAUUACCCAGGUUUUUUUUCUAUCGAUUAUUACAAUCGAU